CUUCCACUAGCUCUUAAACUUUUGGGAUGCUUAGUGUACAAGAGAGAUCAAGAUCAAUGGAAAAGUGAAUUGGAUAAGCUGGGGAAAAUUCCUAAGUCAGAAAUUAUUGAUUUGCUCAAAAUAAGUUAUGAUGGACUAGAUGAGAUGAACAAGGAUAUACUUCUUGAUGUUGCAUUUUUCCAUACGGGGAAGGAAAAGGAGGAAGUAAUUAAAAUACUAGACAGUUGUGGCCUAUGUGGUUGUGUUGGGAUAAAUGAUCUCGUUCAGAAAUCACUCUUAACUAUAUCAAAUAGGAAUGUUGAGAUGCAUGAUUUGAUACAAGAAAUGGCAUUGGAAAUUGUUCGUCGAGAGUGUCCUGAAGAGCCUGGUAGACGAAGUCGGUUGUGCAAUCAUGAUGAUAUCUCUCGUGUAUUCAUAAACAAUACGGCAACGGACAAAAUUAAAGGCAUCAGAUUACGCAUGGCGACACUUGAAAUGGCAAAUUGGAAUUGUGACGCCUUGUCUAAGAUGCUUAACCUGAAAUUUCUUGAAUUGGACAAUGUGAUCGUUUCUUCAAGCCCCAGAAUUCUUCCUAAUUCCUUGAGAAGUAUCAAAUGGAGUUCGUAUCCUUCCGAGUUUCUGCCAUCAGGUUUUCAACCGAAUUUCCUUAUUGCACUUGAGAUGCCUAAGAGCAAACUUGUUCGGCUUUGGGAUGGAAGAAUGGACUUGCCCAACUUGAAAAAAAUGAACCUUUUUGGCUCUGAAAACUUGACCACAAGCCCAGAUUUCUCUGGCAUUCAGAAUCUUCAAGAGUUGAAAUUUGGAAGUUGUAAGAAUUUGGUUGACAUUCACCCGUCAAUUGCAGAUCUCAAAUGUCUUAGCUGGUUGGAUCUUGAUUUGUGCUAAAAAAUUGACAAACUCCCAGAGAAGUUGGGGGAGAUGGAGUCUCUUGAACUGCUUGAAUUGAAAGGAACUUCUAUAAGACAGCUGCCACGCUCUGUUGUUGGUUUGAAAAAUCUUUUCAGGCUAUCCUUAUGUGGAAAUGGAUCACAGCCUAAGAAAUCAAGGUUUUGGUGGGGCCUUUCUGGUUUAUAUCAAAACAGAAAUGGUUUUGUGUUAAGUUCGUUAGACGGUUUAUUGUCUUUGUACUAUUUGAAUCUGAGUAAUCGUGGACUUUGUGAAGGGGAUCUUCCCAGUGAUAUUGGCUGCUUGUCCAAUUUAGAACAAUUAAUGCUUAGUGGAAACAAUUUUGUUAGCCUUCCUGCAAGCAUUGGAUGUCUUUCUAAGCUUCAAGUACUUAAAGUGAAGAGGUGCCAAAGUCUUGAACAAUUGCCAAAUCUUUCUAAGCUUAUCCGGUUAGUGGAUAUACGCAUAGCCGGUUGUACUUCCUUAAAAAUGUUGCCAGAUCAUUCAUCAUUAGUGGAUAUAAACAGUGUAAUGCAUUUUCCUAGGUUUAAUUGUGCCAAUUGCUUUGUAUUGGUUGACAAUGAAGGCUGCGAUAGUAUAAUACUGAGAAUGCUAAAGCGAUACCUUCAGUUUCAGCGGCCAAUCCGUAGGCCUUAUGUCCGAUGCGAAUUCGAAAUUGUAACUCCUGGAAGGGAAAUUCCAGAGUGGUUCAGUAAUCAAAGUUUGGGAGAUUCCCUAACUGUGGAGCUACCUACCACGUGGAUGGGAAUUGCUUUAUGUGCUGUGUUUGAAUUUCCGGCUGAUCUUUCUGAAUUUCGUUGCUUUAUGAGCUGUUCCCCACAAGGAAUGCGGCCACCUGAAGAAUUUUCAAAAUAUUUUAAAAUAGGCGAAGUUGAGUCAGAUCACCUUUGGGUAAUUUAUGCAUCUCGUGAACAAUUUAAGACGAAAUGCAGUCAGAUAAAUGUUUUGUUCAGAAUUGAUUAUUGUAAACCAUCUGGGGUGAGUGUGAAGAAGUGUGGGGUGAGUGUGAAGGAGUGUGGGUUUCGUUUGGUGCACAAGCAAGAUGUGGAACAACUCAACCAGAUGAUGAUGAACAAAUCCAUCAUCAAGAGCACUACUACUUGUCCUACCAAAUCAGCUGACGCACAAGGUCAACAACACCACGAUGACGAGGAGGCUAGUCCUAGGGGAAGUGGUAGCUCUCACCAAAAAUCUCUCUUCUGCAAUACCUAUGCUCUUUCCAAAGGGUUUUUAACAAAACUUGUAAAGAUUUUCUCCCUCUUUUUAACAACUGCAGUUUUUAUGAAAUCUUUCAACAAUACCAAAAAAUGGGGGUGCAUGGGACUUUUGAUUUGGAGAGUAACCACUUUGAUAUUUUACUUAGGCCUUGCACCCUCAUAUUUUGAGUUAUUAUUGCAAGGUUUAAUAAAAACUGUCAUUCUUAAAAGAGGAGCUAAAUUUUUGCUAGCUUUGUUAAAAACUCCUCCUCCUCAAAUGUCUGCACAUAAAUACUUGAAAGGCCAAAAACGCUCUUCUCACAAUUGAUAGUAAGCAUUGAUUAACUCAUGUUGCUGCGUAUUAUAUCCAGAUCAUGAUGAACAAAUCCAUCAUCCAGAGCACUACUACUUGUCCUACCAAAUCAGCUGACACACAAGGUCAACAACACCACGAUGACGAGGAGGCUAGUCCUAGUGGAAGUGGUAGCUCUCACCAAAAAUCUCUCUUCUGCAAUACCUAUGCUCUUUCCGAAGAGGUAGACCAAGAUGAAUUAAAUGAUGAUGAUGAUGAUUUUGUUGACGAAGCUCGGCCCAGAAAAAGAAAAAGAUCGAUGUGUUUGGGACUGACCUAUGAUUCCUCAAUUUCAAAGCAAGAGGCAUCACAGCUGCUGCAUUUCAAUAUGGGCUUUCAGAUUGUCUUUGAUAGUAAAUUGCACCCAACCGUGCGACUGGGACCGACCCUUAUCUUCAUUCAAGGAUCAAAGUUGUGUACUCAUUUCCAAUUUCCAAAAUCCAAUAAUUAUGAUGUUGAAGCACUUCAAAUCGGGAAGAUGGGUUAUGCUCAUCUCCUCCUCACCCAAAUUACCAUUUUCUCCAAAGCCCACCUCCUCCAAAUCUGCAGCAGAUAGCAGAUAUUUCAGAACGUGCUCUGCCUCAGCUGACGCUUUGCAUAUCUUGAGACCAAGAAGGGCCUUGAGCAUUUGCUGGGCUGCCAGGCGGAGAGCCGUCAGAUAUGACGAUGAUGGUGAGGAUGAGGAGGAGGAAGAGUACGGGCAUCACAAGGAGAUAGCAGUGUUGGAAUUAUAUAGUCAGAGUGUGAGAGGAGAAGCACUUAUUGUGCAUGCAGUGGUGGAUGACCAAGAUGUGCAAGUGCUUAUCUUCAAGGCAACAAACAAAAUUAAAGGCAUUGCCUUACGCAUGGCGAGACUUGAAAAGGCAGAUUGGAAUUGCGAAGCAUUCUCUAAGAUGUGUAACCUGAAAGUUCUUGAAUUUUACAAUGUGAUCAUUUCUUCAAGCCCCAAAAUUCUUCCUAAUUCCUUGAGAAGUAUCAAAUGGAGUCGGUAUCCUUCCAAAUUUCUCCCAUCAGGUUUUCAAUCGAAUUUCCUUUUUGCACUUGAGAUGCGUGGGAGCAAACUUGUUCGGCUUUGGGAUGGAAGAAAGGACUUGCCCAACUUGAAAAAAAUGGACCUUUCUGACUCUGAAAACUUGACCACAACCCCAGAUUUCAGUGGCAUUCCGAAUCUUGAGGUGUUGUAUUUUGGAAGUUGUACGAAUUUGGUUGAGAUUGACCCGUCAAUUGCAGAUCUCAAAUGUCUUAAAACGUUGGUGCUUAGUUAUUGCUCAAAAUUGAAAAAGAUUCCAGAAUUUUCAGGGCAAAUGAAAAAUUUGUCAUGGCUUAGUUUACAACAGACGUCCAUUGAGAAAUUACCUUCAUCAAUAGGUUGUCUGGUUGGCCUUACUUUUCUGUUUCUAGAUGAUUGCAAAAAUCUCGCGGGUCUUCCGAGUGAAAUUUGUAAUUUGAAGUCUCUUACAGUGCUUCAAUUGUAUGGAACUUCUAUAAGACAGCUGCCACGCUCUGUUGUUGGUUUGAAAAAACUAUACAGGCUAGAUUUGGGUAGAAGUGGAUCACAGCCUAAUAAAUCAAGGUUUUGGUGGACAAGGUCAAUAACGCCAUGAUGACGAGGAGGCUAGUCCAAGUGGAAGUGGUAGCUCUCACCAAAAAUCUCUCUUCUGCAAUACCUAUGCUCUUUCCGAAGAUGCAGACCAAGAUGAAUUAAAUGAUGUUGUUGACGAAGCUCGGCCCAGAAAAAGAAAAAAGAUCGAAGUGAUUGGGACUGACCUAUGAUUCCUGAAUUUCAAAGCAAGAGGCAUCACAGCUGCUGCAUUUCAAUGGGACUUUUGAGUUGGAGGGUAACCACUUUGAUUUGCUACUGUUGAAAAAGGAGCUAAAUUUUUGCUAACUUCGUUAAAAACUCCUCCUCCUCAAAUAUCUGCACCUCAAUACUUGAAAGGCCAAUAGCGGUGCUCUCACAAUUGAUAUUAUUAUACAUAAUUACAAGACUACUGAUGUUGAAGCCAGCCAAUUGUGUCCUGUAGUCAACUGAAAUUUGGGUUCCUGAUGCCAUGGCCGAUACUGGGCACACUGCUAAUGUGCAACUCGAAAUGAUCGAAAGUACUUGCGUGCUUAUUGGCCAGGAUGGAAUAAGCCAACAAGAAUUCUCAAUCAGACGCAUAAACAUUGGCAUUGAUCUGAUCUAAAACCGAACAAUUGCUUUGUCGAAACUCCUCCCUUGUCUAUUUCAUUGAUCAUAUCUUUGACAGUUUGUGCCAUCUCUUAUUCAAUUAUGCAUUCUUCUCCUAUUUAGCAUCUCUCAGUUUCAAAUUAUGCAACAGAAUGGAAUUCAUGAGAGGUUCAUUAACAUCACAAUAAGUUGAGCAGAAUUUGGCAGUGCUAGUUGUAUCUGGAAUAAAAUUAUAGUAUCUUUUUCAUUGUAAAAUAUUUGGAGAAUUGGAGUUAAGAAGUACCACAUGAUUGAUGAAUUCAAUCUGGUCAUAAGAAUGUACUUGAAUUUUCACAUUAGGGAAAUAUUUUAGAGCUA